CCACGCCUCUGCAUCUGCCACAAAUGGAAGUAUGAAACGCAAGCUAAAACUGAAAAACUGGAUAUGCUUCACUGGCUAUACUCUCAAACAGUAAAGCGCCGUCACCAAUUCGCUGUAACUUUCUUUCGAGAUGUAGUCCCUCAGUUGUCUCCCUUAUAUGGAAGGGAGAAUUUCAUUAGUUUCGCAACUACAGACCUCAAGUGACGGGGCGGAUCUUAUAGAUUUUCACUCAUGGACAAAGGCAAGAAACCAAUGGAAGAAAAAGAUGUUCCCGCAUCAUUCUUAGGCUAUGAUCUGUCUCUUGCUUUGUCAUCAAUGCCCAUCUCAACUAACAAGUUGCCAUCAUCAUCUGAAAGAUCAGGUGCACAGGUACAGGUUGUCUCUUCUGAUGAAAUAGAGAGCAGUGGGGAAUGCCAUCCGAACUUCAUGGCAAUGAAUGCGGGGUAUUUGAAUUUCAAGAAGACUAAAGUGGGAGAAACAUCAAAUGUAGCUGAAGAAACUGGUAAGGGAAAGGCAUCAGGAGAAGCUAUCCCUGAAGGAGUUGUACUGCCCCAAGAAGUAGCACUGCGUGCUAGAGUUAAACGAAAUCCACCAUGUAAAGCCUUAAGUACUGAAGAGCUUGCGGCAAUGGCUAGAGAGGAUCCACGGCGUGCAAGGAGAAUACUCACCAAUCGGCUAUCAGCUAUGAGAGCUAAAGAGAAGAAAAGGCUAUACACGAGCAUGCUUGAACAGAAGCGAGGAGCCUUGCAGUCUCAAUCAAGUUUAUUGUCAGUCAAAUUGUCCUUUUUGCAGGCAGAGACGAGAGCCUUGCGUGCUGAAAAUGCCAAACUGAAAGAACGUAUGAACACAAUUUUGCCGGGGGUCCAACUACAAGAAUCACUUAAUGAACAAAUAAGAGAAGAGAUUCAGCAUUGGAAGGCAGUGACGGCACAAUUUGUUCAAAAUGGAAGGACCGUAAUCAACAUCGGUGCAUUUUUGGCGAACAAUGUUCAAGUCGGUGCAGUCUUAGGUGCUACCCCACUGUUUCCGCUCCUCCCAGCUCAGAUUCCAAAUCAGCAGGAACAGUUCUGGCGAUAUCCUCAUCAAGGUCAUUAUGAAGUGGGAAAACAUAAUCAACCUCCACUGCUCCAACAAUUUCUCCCCCGACAAUCUGGCUUCCAGCUGAAAAAUGAACUGCCAGACUCUCCAAGUGUUGACCCACAGAAGUCUGAGGAUGAUAGCAGGAUUGAGUAAGAAUAGGAAGAAUAAACUGGAGCUCGCCAAAUGAAGAAUAAACCGGUCAUUUACAUAGGGAAUCGGUAUUAAACUUAUUUCCAGUUAUAGCUCUGGUGUCAUUUCCUUCGGAUUAUUUUGGUGUGAUCAUAAGUUUUUCAUUCAAUUUGAAGAAUAAACCGGUCAUUGACAUAGGGAAUCGGUAUUAGACUUAUUUCCAGUUAUAGCUCUGGGGUCAUUUCCUUCGGAUUAUUUUGGUGUUAUCAUAAGUUUUUCAUUCAAUUUGAUAACAAAAUAUGGAUUGCUAGAAA